AAAUUCAAGACCAUCCUGACUUGUCGGAUUAUAUAAAUACAACCUAAAUUUCGCACAUGCCAUCCUUUUUCGUUUUUCUUGCCCAAAAACAAAACUCUUUCCCCCUCCACUUUCCUCUUUUUUCCUUUUUCUCAUGUCCAUUCGUGCAUUGAGUCUAAAAAACGUCUCCCGAUUGACUCCUCGAGUCUCUUUGGCUGGUCGCAAUAUGAUGACCCAUCGUAUGAUGGCUACAGCCAAGCCCGCUCCCAAGACACCUGUUGAUCCUAACGCGGCUGGCCCGAUGUUACGUUAUCAGAGCAAUUUGCCCAAGCUUCCUGUGCCGGCAUUGAAUGGCACUCUGCAAAAAUACUUGAAGAGCGUGCGUCCCUUGCUGAGCGAUGAGGACUACAAACACACCGAACAGGCCGUCAAGGAAUUCGAAGCACCGGGAGGUGUGGGUGAGAAACUUCAGGAACGUUUAUUGGCUCGCGCCAAUGAUCCCAAAAUCGUCAACUGGUUGGAAGAUUGGUGGUUGGACGGUGCCUACAUGGCCUACCGUGAUCCCGUCGUGAUUUAUGUCAGCUACUUUUUCUACUACAAGGAUGAUAAGCUCCGCAAGUUGCCCGCCAAACGCGCCGCCGCCAUCACCACCGCCGCUUUGGAAUUCAAGAACCAAGUCGUCCAGAAAACGUUGGAACCCGAAUAUGCCAAGGGCGAACCCAUGUGUAUGGAUUCUUACAAGUACAUGUUCAACAACUGCCGUAUUCCCACCAAGCCUUCGGAUGUCGAAAUCGCUUUUGAUCCCACCCAAAACAAUCACAUCAUUGCUAUCCGCAAGAACAAGUUCUACGUCAUUGAUACCAUUCACAACGGCCGACAAUUGUCAACGGCCGAAUUGGAACAACAAUUCCAACAAGUUAUUGAUCAAGCAGGCGACGCCAAGGGUCCUGCCAUUGGUGCUUUGACCGCGGCCAACCGUGAUAAAUGGACUGAUGCCCGCCAAGUGUUGAUGGCCGCCAAUCCUGAGAACAAGCGUGCUUUGGAUAAGAUUGAGUCAUCUUCGUUUGUUGUGUGUUUGGAUGACUUUUCUCCUGUGACUCGUGAUGAAGGUUCCCGUGCUUGCUGGCAUGGUGACGGUCGUAACCGUUUCUAUGACAAGCCUCUUCAGUUUAUUGUCUUUGAAAACGGUAAAGCCGGUUUCAUGGGCGAGCACUCUUGCAUGGAUGGUACUGCCACUUGCCGCUUGAACGAAUACGUUUGUGAUGGUCUUGCGCGAAAUUUGAUUGAUCAUGGUGCUGAACAAGUGCGAUCGGACCUUCCUGCUCCGUCCGAGAUCAAAUUCCAAGUGAACAACGAACUUCAACAGACCAUCCAGUCGGCUGAAAAGGAUAUUGAUGAAUUAAUCAAGAAGCACGAAUUGACCGUGUUGGCUUAUCACGGUUACGGCAAGAACUUGAUCAAGAAGUUCAAGAGCUCUCCCGACGGUUAUGUCCAAAUGGUGAUUCAGUUGGCCUACUACAAGUUGUUUGGCACUUCGCGUCCUACUUACGAAUCGGCUCAAACCCGUAAAUUCCAACGUGGUCGUACCGAAACCGCUCGUAGCGUGACCUCGGAAUCGGUGGCUUUUGUCAAGACUAUGGAAGAUCCUUACGCUUCGCGCGAAGAUAAGAUUGCAGCUUUCCGUGCCGCUCUUAAAGCUCAGGGCGCUUACAUGGCUGACGCCGUCAAUGGCCACGGUGUCGAUCGUCACUUGUUCGGUUUAAAGAAUGCUUUGGAGGCCGGUGAAAACGCUCCUGCUUUGUUCAAGGAUCCCGCUUUCAGCUACUCUCAGCACUGGUACUUGUCGACUUCCCAGUUGUCAUCCGAACAUUUUGACGGUUACGGUUGGGGUCAGGUGUACAACGACGGUUACGGUAUUGCCUACAUGAUCAAGAACAACGCUCUUCAAUUCAAUGUGGCCAGUGUCAAGGAUUUGGAAGUACACGGUACCAAGUUUAUCAACGGUACUCACCACAUGAAACAAUGCCUCGAAGACGCCGCUAAUGAUCUCAAGGACCUCAUGAUGUCUGAAUUACCCGCUGAAGCCAAAUUGUAAAAAAAAAAAGCAACAAACGAAUGAACAUGGUUUGUCAAGCAUCACAUGCUUUGGCAUUGAGAAAAAAAGUUUCGAUCAUGAAUUGUUUGAUGAUCAUCAAAAAAAAUUAGUAUAUGAACAGUAGUAUAUUGAUGAUUUCCUUUUUUUUUUUCUGUAAAAUAAAAACUAUACAUCCUAGGAAUUACAC